AUGGCUGCCAGUCAAUCGGAACCCUUCCCAAUCUUCAAUGCAGACAAUGGAGACUCGUCCUCCGAGAAGGAGGCCGAAGAUGGCGGGAGGGAAGACGCCUAUCAAAGACCCUCAGCCACCUCACACCUGCCCGCUCCCACUCGUACGCGGACCUCCUCCCUGAUGCAGUCUUUUAUCGAGAGCAACCCUCCCUUGGGGAUGUGGCAGGCGACUGGCGAAAUAGGUUCAAAGAUUCCAACGCUGCCUGAGAUCAGGAACGGUGCGUUUGCGGAGGAGGGAUGGACCCACGAAGGACAAAUGGAGCGUCGCGGGACGAACCCUUACGACAUUUACCGUCAAAGGAUGGAGCGGACCAGUUCUGCAAGUACCAGGACCAAAAAAAGCACUCAAUCUGCAGGUCCGGGUGCACCGCUUGUGAUUGUGGAGGAGCGACAUGAAUAUUUCCCCAGAAGCGCAUCGAGACCGCUGCAGGAGUCUUUGGCUGAGGAGGCUGCGACUAUACAGCCGAACGGUCAAGUGGGACAGAUCGAAAAAAAAAACACCGACACCGCAGAAAUGCAAGAGAAGGACUCUCCCAUGUCUUGUUCGCAACGCGACACCAAUAAGGCGCAAGUUGUACAGAUACAAACCGGCCCCGAUGAAACAGGCACAUAUCCCAAUGGUUACCGAUUCCCCAAGAAACACACCUGGACGCAGUCCACCAUGAUUGGUUUGCAGGCGUUCUGGAAAUUCUUUCUCACGCCUUUCGGGUUCAUUGUGACCAUCUACGGCCUCAACAUCAUCGGCUGGGGUGCAAUGAUUUUCUUCGUCCUCCUCAAGGCGGCGCCUGCGAUGUGCCAUCCCAAUUGUGAGGACGACAGCAGUGCGCGUCAGAAGUGGAUCGAGAUCGAUUCCCAGAUCCUCAACGCCUUAUUUUGCGUGACAGCAUACUGUCUCUUCCCAUGGCGCGCGCGCGAUUUCUUUUACCUCAUGCGUUGGCGACUGGGAGGCAAACAACUCUAUCACCGCCGUCUCGCGGGCAUUUAUCGAUCCUGGUACCGUCUGCCGGGGUCGGAUAAGCUUUCCGACGACAUCGGCCCUCCGCCAGUCUACAACAAGAAGAACCCGCGCACCCCGGAAUCUCCCCCGCCUUACAGCGAGGAGGAGAUAGCGGAGUUGGAAGGGAACCCUGCAAUUCCCAUUCCAGCAACCUCGAUGCCCGAUGCCCCCUUGACGGGAAUUCGAGCGCCUCCAAGCAAGUCCUGGACGCUCGACUUGGUUGUAUGGAUGUAUAUGCUCAACACGGGCUUUCAAGUCUGUCUGUGCGUAUGGAUGUGGCACUACAACCGGUUCAACCGGCCCUCAUGGGGCACCGGGGUUUUUAUCACAUUUGGAUGUCUCUCCGGUAUCGUCGCCGGGGUUUGCGUCUUUGUCGAGGGCUCUCGGGUCAAGAGCAUCGAGGGUAUCCCUGUACAAGAGUACGACGUCGUGGAGUCGGUGGAGGAUUACCAGGAGCGCAAAGCCAACGAGGACAAGAAGGAGGCCAAGAAGGAGGCCAGACUUGGCCAGCUCAGAACUCACCGGGUCAUCCGAUCGGAGAAAUUGAAGGGCCAGCAGUGGUUCACUCGGAAAUAA